GUUGGCUGGGGCUGGGAGCAUAAAGCACCUGUUGUUGCUCUCCAGCCUCUAAACACAGGACCUGUGCACACACAUCUGGGUCUGCAAUUUUACUCACACUCAAUGAGGAUGAUGGCUUCUUUCACAUGCAAGAUACUGACUUUGUUCAUCAUCUGGGUGGCUCUGCAAGAAGGUUGUGGAUUUCCCUUAUCAGAGCAGCCCGCUCAGACUCCACAUCCGCACCAUAUCAGGACCAAGCGCUGCUCCUGUAACAACUGGGACGAUACAGAAUGCAUCUACUUCUGCCACCUUGAUAUCAUCUGGGUAAACACACCAAGUAAACUCCUUCCUUACGGCCUGGGUAGUCCCCUGUCUCGCCGUCGCCGGUCAACAGACCGUUGUGAAUGCCUCAGUGCAGCCGAUAAAACCUGCCACGGUUUCUGCCAUAAAAGCUCAGAGGAUCUCAGGACUCAUGUCGCAGAGCCCUUGGUUGAAUCUGGAAGCAUGAAAAGCAACAAAUUACUGGCGUCUUUUAGAGCUAUUAUCAAGACUAACACAGCAAAGGCUAAAGAAGUUUCAUCUGUUCUGGAGUCAGCAAAUUAAAGAGUAGAACAGGGAGGUAGAGCACUGAAGGAAAAGCAGGAACUGGUCAGCCUGCAAGGACUACAAACUCCUGCCUUCAAUUCAAGCACACAGCUUUCAAAAUGUGUCAGGGAAAGGUGGAAGAAUGGAAAGCAAAACGGACGGUGGACCAAGCAUUUGAUCAACAGUGCAGCAAAGACUGGCAGCUCCCCAAGACAGUCCUGCAGCAAGAACUGGAGCUGCUGGGUGGAGGUGGAAAGUCAUUGCACAUAGAACAGAAGACAGUGACGUGAAGAAAGCUUACGAUGACCAACUUUUGACCAGGAAUUUGAUUGUGAAUGUCUGUAUGAACAAUUUGAAAUCUACAGCUCGCCUACAGAAGAACAUGGGAUAGUUAUUCCACAGUCAUAUCAGCUCCGUGUUUAGUUUUUUAGAUGGCACUGAUUUGUUUUUUUGUGUAGUUCUUUGAUUUGGUUCAAUAUUCCUCUGUAUCAGAGCUGGAAUCUGCUGUCCUGCUUAGGGCAUAGCUUUUUUUAAAUGAUUAGGUAGUACUUGAAAAUGGCAGCUUCUUCAUUUUCAGCGCACAUUGCCGCCGUGAAAUGAAGGUCAUAUCUUUGGGAUUUAUCUAAGAAACAAUUAGCUUUAUACGAGGUCCAUUGCUCCUCUGCACACACAUAUGCAGUACGCAUUGUGUUUGCAUAACAGCAGCAGCACAGCAGAUCUAUUGUCUUGGCUCAAGUGUUUACUGCAUAGGUCCUAUUUAAUCUUUUGAUUGAAGAUAAGCCAGGAGAUUUCAAUGAUGUGCAGCUUGCCAAAAAAAAAAAAAAAAAAAAAAAAAUACAACCAUUGUUUUUCUCCUGUGACAAAUGUUCACCCAACUCCUCUGCAAUUAGCAAGCAAGAAACUACAACUCUUAAGUCAAUGCACUUGCAAACAUUGCACUACCACCUCUGGCCUCUAUUCUUUUCUGUGCAAUAAAGCCAUUCACUCUAUCUGCUCGGUCUGAAUCCACAGGAAGUGGCCAACGCGUGGAGACUCAGAAAACAUUAUCCUCAAAUAUCUUAAUGCUGUUCACGGUGAAAAGUUGACCAGCUUUAGGUUUACUGAAAAUGAUAGCAAUAAUUCUAAAUAGAAAACUUUAUUUAUUUUCUAAUUUAUUCAAGGAUGUAUUUAUAUUUCUAUGAUAUGCUGAAUUUUGUAUGAGAAAAUAAAACUGCAUCAAAGUA